AAAAAGGCCAAUAGCUGCAACGAGUGACAGAUUGUGAAUGCUAGAGUGCCACUUGUGUAACGCUGAAGGUUUCCGUUCCGCUCGUAGAUCCUUCCCCUGGCAACCUACCGGAACGGCCGCAACACCACGUAAACCAUAUUUCAAGGAGCAAACGGAGCUCAAACGAUGCCUUGAAAUGACUAGCAACGACUGCUCCGACACCGCUGGCCUCCUCCGCAACUCACCCGAACACGCCGAAACAAACUCGCUCCUAUCCGCCAGGAGCAGCAGCUCAUCCGACGACCUUGUCGUUGCCAUUCCACCGCCGCAGCCUGCCCCUUCUCCAAUACCUCCUAUAGCCCCCGUCCCACGAACGCCUAACAGAGUACGGUUUGCGUUAGAUGAGGCACCCGGUGAUGAAGAGGAGCAGAGGGUAGACGAUAGGAGUUGGACCAAUCAAGAGGACUUCCUACACUCUGACGAGGAGGGAGAUGAGGGUGGGGGGGGGACCAGGGCCCCGCUGUUAACGGGGAUAGAAGCCCCGUCUGUUACCGUGGCGAAUGACUUUGAAUUUGAGGAUCUACUAGAGAAUUCACGGCCAAAGAGCGGCAUGCGGAUGGCUUUCAUGAACAUGGCGAAUAGUAUUAUUGGCGCUGGGAUCAUUGGUGAGCCUCCUUUUUCCCCGGUCCUUGGAGCCGCAAACUGAUCUGUGAUCGCUCUAGGCCAACCAUAUGCAUUCCGGCAAGCUGGGCUUGGGAUGGGUAUAUUCCUUCUCGUAGCCUUAACAAUUACGGUAAGACGGGUAGGGCCCACGGUGUUUGUCACGCAGCUGACGGGAAAUCUAGGUUGACUGGACAAUCAACCUGAUUGUGGUGAAUUCCAAAUUGAGCGGUGCGAAUUCCUUUCAGGCGACGGUGAGCGCAUGCUUUGGAAAGUCGGGCUUGAUUGCUAUAUCAGUAAGCUCCUCAUAUCACUCACAUAUCCACCCGGCAUAGCUAAUGUUUACCACAGGUCGCUCAAUGGGCAUUGUGAGUUCACGGUAUCCCGCCCGGGUUGCCCGCCAAUAUGCUCCCUAACAGAAUUGUACGUUUAGUGCCUUCGGCGGCAUGAUUGCCUUUUGUAUUAUCGUCGGCGACACAAUACCUCACGUCAUAUCUGCAUUGUUUCCGUCGCUGGAGGGCGUGCCUGUUCUGAGAUUGUUGACCGACCGCCGGGCAUGUAUUAUCAUAUUCAUUCUAGGGAUCUCCUACCCCUUGUCACUCUAUAGAGAUAUUGCAAAGGUACCCGCCACACGUGCACAUUCCGGGGAACCACGGUUGACAAUAUGGGUGAUAGUUGGCCAAAGCAAGUGCUUUGGCACUCAUCAGCAUGCUUGUCAUCAUCUUGACUGUGAUCACUCAAGGCUUCAGAGUACCUCCCGAGAGUAGAGGCGGUUUCAGUAAACCGUUGUUAAUAGUCAAUGACGGGGUAUUCCAAGCAAUUGGUGUAAUAUCAUUUGGUAAAUAUCUCGACAAUCCAAUAACAUGAUUCGCUUUUACUGACCGAAUUACUCUAGCUUUCGUCUGUCGUAAGUCUCUACCACAAUCCCAAAUCGCCAGGAUUCGCCCUGAUAUUAUACGCCAUAGAUCACAACAGUCUUCUCAUCUAUGGAUCCCUCAAAAAGCCUACACUAGACAGAUUUGCCCGAGUAACACACUACUCGACGGGAAUCUCCAUGGUGGCUUGCCUCAUCAUGGCCGUAGCGGGCUUCCUUACAUUUGGCGACAAGACUGCCGGAAACGUUCUAAACAACUUUCCAACAGAUAACAUAAUGGUCAACAUUGCCAGAUUGUAAACCCCCCUCUAGCUCUCAGGAAACAGCCUCACUAAUCCUCACUUCAGCUGUUUCGGCCUAAACAUGCUCACAACUCUCCCCCUGGAAGCCUUCGUCUGCCGCGAGGUGAUGGAAACCUACUACUUCCCUGGCGAGCCCUUCAACAUGAACCGCCACUUAAUAUUCUCCUCCGCACUAGUAGUCUCCGCGACGGCGCUAUCACUAAUAACUUGCGACCUCGGCGUCGUGUUCGAACUUAUCGGGGCUACGUCCGCGUGCGCACUGGCCUAUAUCCUACCACCGCUGUGCUACAUGAAGCUCGCAUCGCGGUCGUGGAGGACAUAUGCUGCCGGCACGACGGUAGCAUUCGGGGUUGCGGUCAUGAUGAUCUCGCUGUUACAGAGUGUUUAUAAGAUAAUCUCGGGGGGCGGGGGGGCGACCACUUGUUAGGAGAGGAGGCGGCCAUUGGGAUCUGUCUCUGAGUUCUUGGGAUUGGGAUUGGCUAUGCACGCACGGUGUACUUAGAUGGUGACCUGUGGUCGGGAUAUCAUAACAUCAUGGGGGUUUUUUUAUUUUCAUUUGGGAGGGGGCACCGGUGUAUGUGGUCUGCACUGUACGAUACUAGAAAUUUAUAUCCUCCUCGUUCUUCUAUGAAUCGGUGGGUUGGGCUAUGAUUGGGAAAGGUGAAGGGGUGAAGUGCCAAGAAUGAUAUCUCUCGAACAUACAAAAGACUAUUUAGGUACACCUAACCUCAGGAUCCCCGUAUCUCACCCCCAGAUCUGAGCUAGACGAACAAACCGCAUUCACGGCAGCACCACGACCAAUAAUCUGCAGCAAACCGAUCAAAAACCGGGAAAAAAAUCAAAAAAUCAAAAAAAAAUACAACGCCCAUUGCUUAAACACCCCCAAAGCGCAAUAAGAAAAAAAUCGUGAAAAAAAAAAAAAAAAAAGAACAGACAAUCCCACCCACCCGAUACCAUAAUACCGCACACUCCAACCAAUCGCGCAACUACCGAACCCUAGUAUCCAACGCCAACCUCUCCACAACCUCCAAACCACACAUACCCCUCAUCAACUCCUUAAACCCCUUCAGCUCAUUAACGCCGGUAUUAAUGCUUUCAAGAUCCUGGUGACUUUGCACUCUGACGGCGGCCCUGAGGACCCAAGACCUGGCCGGGUCGAGAGGCUGCAAUCCAGACGUCGGAUAGGGAUUUCCGUACUGCGCGUUGGGGGCAGCGUGAGAUGUGGGGGGGAGUAGGACCUGACUCAGCGUGAUGAUGAUAUUAUUGUGUAUCAGUGUAGACACCGUCAUGAAGUAAUUUGUUUGCAGCCUUUGUAAAAAUCUUAGUAAACCCAAGAAAGACCAGAGGUGGUGGCAGUGGUGGUGGGAACAAACAUGAAUCCCAAACUAUCCACCAACCCCAACGAAUCCCCCUCGCCAAACCCAGCGCCGAGUACAUUCCUAGAGGUGACCGGCUUCCUCGUAGGCUCUGGGACGUCCUCCAAUCGCAUACGCCAUUUCUGACUCUUCACGUCGUAUCCUCCUUCCACUUCCCCAUGCUUUUGCUCUUCGGGUACGAUGGAGAUCAGUUGUAGGUAGUAUAGCUCCAUGUUCUGUCCCAGCUGGCGCGGCCGCUUGGGCUUGUAUACUAGGUGGUGUUCCAGCGUGGUUUCUGGGAGCAUGCCGGUUAUGCCUGAGAUCACGCGGAGGAUUUGCGGUUGCCGGGCGGCGGGGAUGUGAGAGUAGAGAGAGAGCUCGUGGUAGGCGCUCUGAGCGAAGGAGAGGUGGGGUGGUGGUGGCAUUUUGUUGUUGCGAUGGUGGGAAGGUAGGUUGUUGGAAUUGAGUUUACGGGGGGGAGUGUACGAGUAAAUGGUUGAUGAAAGAUUGAAGUUUGAGGUGGAAAUGUGACGGGGAAACCUUUUUCCGGUUACGGGAGGCUAACUCAAUGGAUUGUUUGAUGAACGAACGGGUGCGGAGGUGUUGCUACCCGUAUUAUAUAGCCACUCGGGUAGCGCCUUUCGGUAACCCGCACUGAUAGAUUAGGCAGUGAUAGACAAGCGACAGCAAUGAUUAUUAGCUUCUAUGCAGUGUUGCUCGCGACGGGUGACGGGUAACUGAUACUGUCAUGUCAGUGACGGGGGGUCAUGAUAGGGUGUCAGUGAAGAGGGUGACGGGGUGUCGAUAGCUGCUGGGUAAGGGUUUAUGUAUGUUGAACUCCCAUUCAAGAGAGUUAAUAGUUUAUAUUCGGUACUAUGAUACCAGGAAGGAAAGCAAUUCCGCAGCUCUUUCUGAGGGGGAGAGCUUCUAUGGAACACUGGAUAAUGUCCUACUCUCUGAGUACUCAAGUACAGAGAAUCACUCUCCCCGGUUUGGUGUAGCAAUUGGUGAAUUUAUUGUAUAUUACUAAGCAUGACACCCCAUCAUGAUACCUGUCUGACGGGGCGUCAGUAAAGUCCAAAGUGACACCCGUCACCAACUGAUCCCGGAGUGACACCCCGUCGCGAGCAACACUGC